UUAUCUCCCUCCAAUCUCCAUCCAUCAGCCGCCUUCCCUCUUAUAUCUCCCACCAUUCAAAACAUUCAUAUAUCUCUCUUUCUUCCAUCACUUUCCACAUGCAUUUGCCAUUUCCCACUUCUUUCUCUCUCCUCAUAUUCAAACUUUUAAAAUAAAACCAAAUUAUUCCUCCCCCCACUUUUAAAAAUUUAAAGCUGUAAAAAUUCUAAGUGUCACACAAAGCAUGCCACUUUAACCCACCCAAAAAAGCCUCUCUCUUUCUCUCUCUUUCCUACCCUUCAAUGGCUUUUGCCUUUCUCUUUACCCCCCACAUCUUCUCUCCUCCCAUUUUCUCUCUCCUCUCCUUCUACACACAAACAUACCACGAUGCGCUUUCUCUGUAAUGCCGACUCGGCCAUUUCAACCUGCAAUCCUAACUCGAGUCAUCAUUAUCAUCGUAAACACAAACGCCCUGUUAAGUUAACUCGUUUCUCUUACACCGACCUCGAAACCGCAACCAAUGGCUUCUCCCCACUUGCCAUCCUCGGAAAAGGCUCCCACGGGGCCGUUUACCGUGCCGUUCUCAGCAACAGCGCUGGUGUCAAAUUCACCGUCGCUGUUAAAAAAUACACGACCUCAAUCAUGGAAACCGCCCAGAAUGAGAUCGACAUACUCUCGAAGAUCCACAGCAGGAGGAUCGUUAACCUUAUCGGGUUCGCCCUUGAGCCACCAAAAUUACUGCUAGUAGUCGAGUACAUGCCUAACGGGUCGUUAUACGAGUACCUUCACCAACACGCUAACCCACCGAGGCUGUCAACCCGGGUUCGGUUCGCUUUACAAAUAGCGAAAGCAAUCCGAACCCUUCAUAACAAGUCCGACCCACCCGUCAUGCACAGAGAUAUCAAGUCCUCAAAUGUAUUACUCGACGAGAGAGAAAAUGCAAGGUUAAGCGAUUUUGGUCUAGCUAUAAAGGCGCAUGUUAGAGAUAUUCGUGUUAUGUCCACCCCACCAGCAGGAACUUUAGGGUACCUAGACCCUUGCUAUCUUGCGCCGGGUGAUCUUAGCACCCAGAGUGAUGUAUUUAGCUUUGGGAUUCUUUUGUUAGAACUUAUUAGUGGAAGAAAGGCCAUAGACGUUGACUAUAGCCCUCCUGCACUCGUUGACUGGGCCCUACCUUUGAUCAAAUCUGGUGUUUACGAAGCCAUUCUCGACCGUCGGAUUAAGUGUUUUGUUGAUCGGACGGUGGUUAAAGAGUUAGCAUUGUUGGCUGCUAGAUGUGUGAGAUCAACGGCUGAAAAACGCCCACCUGUGAAUGAGAUUGCUGAAUGUUUAAAGAAAGUAUAUAGGAGGGUUAAGAUGCAAGGGUUUCCUGUUUGGGGUAAUCUACGGCGGCGCGUGAGACACGUGGGAAGAUCUCAGCCGUUGGAUGAAUUUGACGGCAGUGAUUGGGAAGAGAGUAGGGUGAGUGCACCGAAGUAUGGGAGUAGGAAAUCGUUGUCGGACAGAAAUAGGAAAGUAUCCAAUGUUGAUGGGGAUGAAGGUGAGAUGACACGUGGCGGCGAUCGGACGGUCCGAUUGAGAUCAAAGUCAAUUGGUUCUUUUAGGGAGUUUUUAAAAGUGGGCCCACGUCUAGAGGCAGGUGUUGAUGAGAUUAAUAACACAACUUUGGUUGUUAGAAGGAGGGCUCAAGUUACCGUAAAAAUUUCUUCAGUGAAAUUAAGUAAAUCAAGGUCUAUGAGUAUGUUAUGUAGUGGUAAAAAUGGAUUUGAGGGUAAAAAUAUUCUAAGGAAUCCUCAGGUUAAGGAGCUUGAAGUGUUUCCAUUGUUAGUAACUUGUAAUGGUAGAAAGAUUAAACCUUAGUUCGUAAUCUAAGCGAAGAAUGUAUAUGUAUCUUGUGACCUGUAUCAUGUUUCUUGCCUACACUCGAUAUAUUUAGAAAUAAUUUGUAUCUAAAAUCAAAUUUUUGAAUUGCAUUUAUCAUUUUCCUUAAA